UACGGGGUUUCGCAAAUUGCCGUGUACACGGCGAGCCUCGAUACCGAUAAACCGAUAAUUCGAUUAUUUUCUUAUUAGAAUUACACAGUGCCAUAACAUACUACAUACACACACAGUCAGUCCUUUGCAAGCAAAAGUGAAAAAUAAAAAAUAACUUAAGUUAUAAAGUGUAUUUUGUGAAAUACAACGUAAAUGCAAUAAAUUAUCUGUUAACAGUGUGGUGUUCGUGGAAAAUAUGUGAAUAAUCUAAGUUUUCACUGAUAAAAAAGUCAAUCAAAGUUAUCAUGUACCCCUUAAAGGGAUGACAAAACGAAUUCGUUGUCAUUUUGUUACAGAAAAAGUUAGCUGCCCUCACACAAGAAAAAAGCAAGGGUGGGGUAAUGGGAAUGUUUAUCAUUGAUCAAACUCUUGUUGGAGUAGUAGUGUUAUAUUCUCAAGUGUUUCGUUUCACUAAAUAAACAAUAAGAAUUUCGUUCGAGCAGCAGCAGCAGCUAACCGACCGACCUUCCAGCAAGAGGCAGCGACAUCUCUGUUAAUGUUCCAAGACCUACGCAUUCAACAAAAUUCGAGAAUUUUCCGGCGAAAAAUGAAAAUCUACAAUUAAUUAACACAUUGUGUGGUUUUAUUAGCCCUUGGUGGCCAGAAGGCGACGACUGCGUUCAGAGGUCUUUCCCGGCAUCAAGGCAAACAACAGCAACUAAAGAUGUUUCGUUCAUCGGCUGGCGAAAAAACCCAAUCUCAGGUGACCACACCUGAUCUGGAUGACUCUAUUAGUUUUUCGGAUGAUGUCAAUCCCGAUGUUGAUGUGGACGUCGAUGUGGAUGUUGAAGCUGUCACCACCAAAAAGCCCCAUUUUUUAGACUACGACGCCAUUGCACCACCUGAAUUUAUCGAGCAAUUUGAUAGGGUAAUGAGUUUUAGCAAUGACAUCGCCCCUGCCUCACAGACCAUGACCAAUGGCUUUGUCAACAGUGGCAGUGGUGAACAAUUAAAGUUGGAUAAAAAAUUCGAAAAGGAUGGAGAGAUAAGUGAUUAUGAACUGGCAGCUAGCGGCUACACCAAGAAAGAGUUCACCCAAGAUGAUAAUACACUGAACAUCAAUUCGUUGACACAAAACUCUUCGGUUAGUGGACAGCCCCGCAAACACUUCCUAGAUGAAAAUCCCAUACCUCCCGACUAUAUGAUGAAUGAACAUCAGUUGCGUGAACAUCGUAGUUUAGAUCGUAAUUUCGAGAGGCACAAUGAGCAACGAUCUGCCUUGGAUUUACACUCCAAUCUGCCAGGUUUUAGAUCUUCCCGCGAACGAUUUAAAGACUUACCAGCUUGUGCAAGGCUACCCAAAGGCUCCGCUUGGACGCAGAGUUUUGAUAGUCGCUAUGAGGGAAAUUUGGCCUCAAACAAAUUGGAUGCCUUUGGACCAAAGGUUGAAUGUGUCUACUCCCUAUUGUCCAUGCUGGGUUCUAAUGACCCCUUGGAAAUGUCCAAGAAAUUCCAUGAGCUUUCCAAAACACCCGAAACUUGCAACACUCUAAGACGGUCGGGCUGUAUACCUCUGCUGGUGCAAAUUAUCCAUGCCGAUGGAGGUCCCGACGAGCCCAGAAAAUGGGCUGGCAUGGCCCUACACAAUGUCGUUCACUGCCACCCGGAUGAAAAAUCAGGCAGGCGGGAGGCAAAGGUUUUACGUUUGCUGGAUCAAAUUAUGGACUACUGCAAUUUUUUGCGUACCCUGCUACAAAGUGGAGGAGAAGCCAUUGCCGAUGAUGCUGAUCGUCAUCCCUUGGCCGCCAUGUCUUCUUUGAUGAAGGUCAGCUUCGAUGAGGAACAUCGUCAUGCCAUGUGUGAAUUGGGCGCCCUGCAGGCGAUACCCAGUUUAGUGCAUUUGGAUCAUGCCGUGCAUGGUCCAAAACCGGAAAAUCAAUGUUGCAAUUCCUUGCGGAGAUUCGCUCUGAUGGCUUUAACAAACUUGACGUUUGGUGAUGAAAAUAACAAAGCUUUGCUUUGCAGCCAAAAAUUGUUUAUGGAAGCGCUGGUCGCCCAAUUGGAUUCGGCUCCCGAUGAUUUGUUACAGGUGACAGCAAGCGUGCUGCGCAAUCUCUCUUGGAGAGCCGAUGCCCAAAUGAAGUCAGUACUGAAUGAAAUAGGCACCGUCACCGCUUUGGCCAAGGCUGCAAUGAAGAACAAAUGUGAAAAUACCCUAAAGGCCAUAUUGUCCGCCCUGUGGAACCUAUCCGCCCAUUGUAGUACCAAUAAGGCGGAAUUCUGUGCUGUUGAGGGUGCGCUUUCGUUCAUUGUACGCAUGCUUACCUAUGAGGGUCCCAGCAAAACUCUGAAGAUUAUAGAAAACGCUGGAGGUAUAUUGAGAAACGUCUCCUCGCACAUAGCGGUGCGGGAAGAUUAUCGUCAAAUUCUAAGGGAACAUAAUUGCCUAUCGAUUUUGUUGCAGCAGCUCAAAUCGGAAAGUUUGACUGUGGUCAGCAACUCAUGUGGCACUCUGUGGAAUCUUUCAGCUCGCUGUCCCGAAGAUCAACGUUUCCUUUGGGACAAUGGUGCCGUGCCCAUGCUUAGAUCUCUGAUACACUCUAAACAUGCCAUGAUUUCUGAGGGCAGUGCGUGUGCUUUGAAAAAUCUAUUAAAUUUUCGUCCGUCGGCCCAAAAUACCAACCACUUGGACCCCAUUGCCAGAUCGUUGAAUUUGAAAAAGCUACCCACCCUCAAUGUUAGAAAGCAAAAGGCCCUGGAACAAGAAUUGGGGGCAGCUGCCAAGAAACACAGUGAGACGUGUGAUAACUUAGAUACAGUUAAUCCCAAAGAUAGGCCGACUUAUGAUGCCACCGCCACCACCUCCAGUACAACAGUGCUGCCGAGACAUCGCUUCCCUUUGCAUGCAGGUGCUCUGGGGUCCAUGGUUAUGGCUGGAGCUGCUUCAGGAUCUGGUCGUUUGACGCGUUCUGCCAUGUUAACGAAGAGUGAGAGUCGCGACUCGGUUUUCUCCGCCAAAUCGGAUGGUGUUAUCUAUGAUCAGAUAAUGCGAUCGCAUUCUGCCUCUGAUGCCAAUCGCAAGUUACAGCACAACUCUCGACCCUCGGCAGCACCGGCGACGACAGCCUACAAUUUACAGCGAGAUGUAGAGCCUGCCGAAGAACAGCCCAUAGAUUAUGCCCAAAAGUAUACGGAACACAUAAGCAAACACAACGACUCCAGGGUUGUCGAUGCCGAAAAUGGAUCCGCAACCUAUCAAGAAACCGAUUUAGACCAACCCACAGAUUUCAGUUUGCGUUAUGCUGAAAAUCAAUUGGAAUCCGAUAUAGAUCUGUCCCCACCCACAGGCAAUGCCGAAGAGGGCAGAAAUCUCGAGCAAGGCGGUGCCACAGCUAAAGCGCAACAAACCUCAUCUAGGCCCCCUGCUAAUCAACCCGAGGGUAGUGAAAUCUUGCUUAUCUUGGAAGACAGCGUCAAGUGUUAUCAAACUGAGGACACUCCCUAUGUUAUAUCUAAUGCCGCCUCUGUCACAGAUUUAAGAUCCGUACAAACUUCGGGAAAGAAUGAAGAAAGUGAUUUACCCACAGGCAUGGAUAACUCAGAAACCACUUCAUCAGCAGGAGCAGUGGCUCAGCAGCCAUCGAGAAAAUUCAAUAGACCUCAAGCGCAUCAGCAUCACCACCAGCACCACUCAUCGAAUCCUUAUGGAUCAGGUUCAUAUACCCCCGAGAAACCAGUAAAUUACUGUGAAGAAGGUACCCCCGGUUACUUUAGUCGCUAUGAAUCUUUGAGUAGCUUGGAUGAGUCACCACCCCAGCCCGAGCAUACACCCAAAGAGUUGCAAAGAUCAGCGAACAAGGCUCGAGAAGAAAAUAUGCCAGCUGAGCUAAAAGCGGAGAACAGUGUGGCAGAGAAAAGAGAUUCUCCACCAGAGGCACAAGCCACCACAUCGCAAGCACAACAACCUCAAAUAAAUUCAGCCUUGGAAACUCCUCUUAUGUUUUCAAGGCGCUCCUCCAUGGAUUCUUUGGCCGAGGAAGAUGUUGGUCCUUUGGAUGACAAAAGUUCUGUGGUUAGUGAUUUUAGUCGUUUAGCUAGUGGGGUUAUUUCCCCCUCGGAAAUACCCGACUCUCCCACACAGAGCAUGCCCCAGAGUCCGAGACGUAAUUCAAACAUUGGCAGCGGCCAGGCACAAUGCUUCUCGGGGUCGGCAGUAUCGCCCAACAUUCAGAGAGCACAACAAAGCCGAGCGGGUGACACAGGGAAACGCUGCUUACGCAGUGUAUUCGAGGAUGACAUCAGCACGUUUCAUGUAGAAAAUACUCCCGCACAGUUUUCCACAGCCACCAGUUUAAGCAAUCUCUCCAUGAUGGACGAAGAGGCAUCCUCCACCAAUCAAUCGCCGCCACAGCCCACUGCUGUUACCACAGCCAAUACCAUAUCCGAAGGUGAGGAGGAGGAAGAAGAUGGAAAUGCUAACAAUAAUGAUGACUUACUAUUGGCCUCAUGCAUAAAUAUGGGCAUGAAUCGAGCGGCCGCCCCCUCAAUGUAUUCCCAGGGUAAUGACAAUGGUUCAUCGAUUAAUAAUGGGGUCGGAGCCAUGGGUAUGACUCAAGAUGAACCUAAACAAUACUACACCGAAGAUACACCAGCUCUACUUUCGAAAGUGGGAAGCAACACAAAUCUCUCAGCCAUAUCUUUGGGUUCCAGCACAAAUGAUCCCAAGGAUGAUACGGUCUAUGAGGCAACAGUGGGAAAUGCAAAUUCACGCUCCCACAAUCAACACCACCAUCAAGCUAUCAAUAGACGUUCGCUAAACUUGUCCGAUGAUAUGUCUUCAAAUGCCUCCGAGAGUGGAGCAGGUGGUAUAGACAUACUUCAACAGUGUAUAAGGGAGGGCAUGCAAAAGUCCACCUCGGCCAAAGAGAAGCCCAAAAUGCCAACCCAACACUCAAUUCCCGCCGCUGGCAGUGCACAAAUUGCUGCAAAUCACUUGGAUCCCAUAGCAAUGUUGCGGCGUGGAGGCAAUGUGCUGCCACCCUAUGUGACGGGUAAUGAUGAAAUGAGCAAAUAUCGUGUUGAAGACAGUCCCUGCAAUUUCUCCGUAAUGUCUGGGUUGUCCAACCUCACAGUGGGCUCCAGUCUGGUGGGCCCGGCAGUUAUCUUACAGGGGAAUUCUGGUGCAGUCUCAUCUAUAAACGAUAAUUCUGUUCCUCCUGGUAUGAGGGUUGCUUCGAAUUUUCCUCUGCGCGACAAUAAAUCAUCAAUGUUAGGCGCAGUAGUAGAGGAUGCUCGCAGCAGAGAACCCCAGUGGCAAGACGAUUCACUAAGCUCGCUGUCCAUUGAAUCGGAAGACGAUACCAAUUUGUUAAGUCAGGCUAUUGCCGCUGGCUGCAAUAGGCCAAAAUCAAAUUUGGGUUUUACUACAAAUUUGACUUCGACUGGCAACCACAAGACCACUUCCCUAUCAUCCUCUCAACCGAUACCCAUUAAUGCAGCUACCUCAGCAUCCUCUCUGACAUCCCAAUCGACUUCGAGGAAUUUCGAUAAGCCCCAUCAACAGGUGCACCACCAACAACAAGAAAUUCCCAAGCAUCAUUAUGGUCCCAUACAGGCUGGCAACGAGUCGUACAGUUCAGUGGAUUCCAGCGAUUCCAAUGACAACCAAUCGAAAUCCUUAUUCGAAUUGUGUAUUUUGACGGGAAUGCAUAAAAAUCAUCGCGACACCAACAUGGGAGGUGGCAGCAGCUCAUCUUCUCGCAAACACACACGCAGUGCCCACUCUCAUAGAUCUCACAAGGCAAGUGGACCAGCAGAACAGAUUACCACCCAAUCAAAUCCAAAUUUAAAACAACAAUUUGAUUCUUUACCCAUGCAUGGCAAGCAAUUGACACCAAAUCGUCAUGUAAGGGAGAGAGAUCGAAGAGAUGAGAAGCUUCUGAUGGAGUGCAUAAAUACUGGGAUAAUGAAAAAGAUUGGAGAAUCGCAUAAACAACCAACGUCUCCUUCGCUAUUGACACGUGAAGCUUUAGUUUUGCAUAAUAACCAGCCAAAAAACGGGCAGGCUACGUCUGCAGCUGCUCCAAUGGAAGAAAUAAUUCGCCCUCAAAGUGCCAAAUACAUGGACAAUUCCAAUUCGUCCACUACAACAAUGGUCAGCAACAGCAGCAGCACCAACACCACCACCAUCAUCACAGCAGCUCCAGACGUAGAGAAGAAAGACAACAUCAACAUGCAUCCUCACACCACAGUGCCAGAGAAUUUGAAUCCCCAACAUCGGCAACAGCAACAGAAAAUCAACACCAACAUCAGUCCCGAAGACGACACAAACGGUCAAAGAAAUCUUUGCAACUCAAUGCUGCAAGCGCACAAGCCGUCGAAUCAAGCUCAGCAACAAGACGCAAAUCCUCAAAAUCCCGAGAGCGAUCCAGAGAUAAUGAACGGUAUUGGGUGUAAGUUAACAGCGGCAGCAUCAUCGGAGCAGGAGGAAGAAAUGCACAACUGCACUCAGAGUGACGAAUCUAAUCAAUCAUUUAUUAUGGAAACCACAGUUUUCUUAGAGACAAAGAUUGCAGCCGAUCUAAACGAUACUCUGGAUAAGGGAGGUGCCGCCGAGAAACAUAAAGAUCCCGAUCUUAUGUUGAAAUCUGUUGAAAGGCUCACACUGGAGUUUGUCUCUUCUGCGGAACAAUUAAGAACCAAUAGCUCUUCGGCUCCCGUGGCACACACCACACACCAGCAUACGGCUUUUGUUAAUGCGACUCUAACUGCCAGCGACAGUGGCGGCGAUUGUACAACCACCACCAAUUCCAUAUCCAUUGAUACUUGGGAUGAAGACACUUGUCCCAAUGAUGUUAGUUUUCCUAGCGUCAGUGUUUCUGCACCCAAGGUCAUGUCGAUCACCUUCGAUGAAGAUGACGAAGAUCAGGCAACCACUGCCGACUACAAAGAACUGAAUGACUUUGCUGAGAAUACACCCAACAUAGAAGAGUUACCAGCUCCCGAUUUAUCUUUGGAUUUUGAUAACAUUGGUGUCAUAAGUCAAAAUGGUUACAAUUACGACUCACAGCCAUCCUCUAUGGAUUGUGCAACCGAGACAGAGAAAACUUUAAUAAAUGGUGCUGCUCCACAUGCAUUUUCAAGCAUCGGUGAGGAUAAUCAGCAGAAUAAACAGACAGAGAAUGAGCAACAGGAAAGUUCCCAUGGUCUACACUUUAAGCUGGGGGGUAUAGUACAAACUGCAGCUGCCACAUCAUCGCUGUUCUUCAAUUCAAACUCCAUGACAAAUUCAGCCUUUAUAGCCCAGGAGGCCAGAAAGCUGGCCAAUAAUCUACAUGCCCCGACUGACACUGAUGGCGAAGAGGAAUUGACUUUUAGCAUCAACAGCUUAGACUUGGACAAUAUACGCCCUCCAUCUGGUAUGGAUUCUUUGAACAUUUCAGGCUAUUAUCAGGACUCGACACAGCCAAAUUCUUUGCAAAAUUCUCCUCAAAUGCAUUUCAAAUCCCCCAAGUUUCCCCGCAAAACUUUGCCCGCUGGUUUGGUAGCACGCAGGGCUUUGGGUCACAUGCCUCCCCAUCUCACCGGAAGUGUGGAGUCCAUCAAUUCCUCUUGUAAUUUGCUAUUGGACAAUAUCAAACCGCCCAGUCUGAUGGAUGAACUUUUGGACUCCAUGAUAAGUGUAUCGAGCAUACAAUCGGAGAUUGCCGAUGAUUGUGCCAGCCUGGCUACCACAGUGACGGUGUCAAAUUAUGAAACGGCCUCGGCGGGAGCCGAUGAUGGCGGUGAUGGCACCGUCACUUUGCAAAGCUGCAGUGAGGAUCAUUUGCCCAAAGAUGAUGAUUGUACAUUUAAUGAUGGAACCAUUACACCCUUACCCUCGGACUACGAUUUCAGUUCAGCUGAGAGUACACCAAAGAAAACCUAUUCAGCUGGCAUGAGAAAUUUAACGCCCAAACAAAAACGUCAGCUGGUACAAGAUCGCUACAAGACCUAUACCAUAGAUGCGGACAUGAGCGAAGAGCUGAGGAGAAAAAUCGAAGAGGCCCAACAGGAUGAAAUGUUACAAAUUGAAAUUACCACAAACUAUGAAACAAUGACCUUGAAUGCCGAUGGUGAACUAAACCAGGAAUCCGAUGUGCAAAAUACGCCGCGCAGUCGCAGAAGAUCUAGUCAGGAGCGUUAUAGAACCCAAACAAUAAACUAUUCCGAUCUACAGGCAAAUCUAAACCAAUUGAAUAGUGCAGAAUGCCAAAUGGAGCAGAGCGACAACUCCGUAUGCUCUCUACAGACGAUGACACAAAACUUUAAGUUCAUCAACACAUCGGGCGGCAAUAAUUCCAAACUAGAUCAAGAUCUGACCAGCUUGGAAUAUGAUCAAAAUUCCGAAACGGAAUCUUGCCACAAUUUCGAUUCGAAACAACCAACUCUAACCGACUGCGAAGAGGAACAUGAAUUGGAAGAGGCAGAAGCGGAAAUGGAACGAAACUCCGAAGUUGUUAGGCCGAGAAUUGUAAAACCCGGCGAAGGGGGAGGUGUAAACACAUUAGUCCCUGACGAAGAACAAGAACAGCAGUCAUCGCCUGUUAAGGCCAUAAGAGGUGGUAAAAAGCCUCAAUACAUUUCGCCCUACAGCAUAAAAUACCAAAAGGCCAACAAUGAAUCACCGACAAAAUCAGCCUCCAAAGCUUCAACUGCGACAGCAAAUAAAACAAAUUUCUUAAGAAAACCCACAGCGGCCGCUGGAGCAAAUACAAAAUUGGCCCAGAAGAAAACGAUUAAGGAUACUGCUGCAAGUUGCGCAGCAGAAUCUAAGCCGCAACCACCGGCAGUUUUAGAACGCCAAGGAACAUUUGUAAAAGACGAACCUUCGCUGGAUGCCUCCACUGUACCAGUUGUUGAGACAAGUCCAAAGAAGUCGAAACUAUCGAAAUUACCCAUGAAAAGGCAACUCUCAGCCAUCUCACCCAGCAAUACAUCACCUCAGAAGACAGCGAACACACGCAAAUUGCCUAUAUCCUCAACAUCCUCAGGGUUGGGAAAUGCAACUAAACGGAAUUUUGUGAACGGAUCAAUUAGCAAGCCCCAAAGAGCCAAUAGCAAUGUCAACAUUAGAGUGACAACAAAUGCGGCACGCAUUGCAGUACUAUCGUCCAGAGUUUCCACCACUACACCGCCCUCACGCAGUAAUUCAACAUUGAAUUCUGCCAAUGCUGCUGUCACAGCCGCUCAAAAUGCUGCCGCCAAAAUUAAUCAGGCCCAGUCGCGUAUAGCUGGUAUAUGGCGCAAAGUAGAUGAGGUGAAAAACAAGCAACAACAGCAGCAAUCAAAAGUCACCAAAGGAUCUCAGUUAAGUGGCAAGACAACAGCGGCUGCAGCAGCAACGCACCGUCAGCCCGGUAAACUUGUGCGCAGCACCACAUUUGACAACUCACCGCCAUUGGAGAUAAUUAAACCCACAAAAUCCGGUGCGGGAGUAACAACCACUAAAAUUGCAAUGGCACAAAAGCAGAUUUUGACCAGCAGAAAAUAAAGCAUUGAAAAUUUAAAAAAAUUAUCCACACUAUAGAGGAUACAUGGUUUUCAACUUGGGAUGCUACAGAAUUGAGGAAUGAAUCCAUACAUAUUUAAAUUUAGCAAUCUUGGCCAAUAUCUAUAAAGGUUUCUGCUAAAUAACAUGGGCAACCAAUUAACUAAAACAUAAAAAAAAAACACAUAUAUCUUCCCAAUUAAAAAAAAAAAACUACAUACAAAAAAAUAUUUAUGCAUUUUAUAACAAACAAAAAUUAAAUGCAUUCAAGAGAAACUGAGUGUGGUAGUGAAAUAUCUAAAUAUCCAUAUUUAUACAACGCACAUUUUAUUAUACAAACAUAUAUCGAAUGAAAAUGAAUGGCAACAACAAACCAACCAAACAAAACUCAUAACAGAAGACUUGGAAUUUUUGACUACUUUGACAAAUUAUUGAGAUCUAGCAACUACAAAAGAAAAACGUUAAGACGAUGAGGGUACUCUAGGGUAGAAACUAUGAAACUUUUAAAAUAAUAUAAACACACUCUUACACAUGCAUACAUAUUGAGAUAUAUAGAUAUAUUGUCAAAAAUCAAAAUAUGUUUAACCAUACAUCAUGAACUCCACUUGGCCCUAAAGGUAUUUUUUCCAAAUGUUUUUAUUUGUAGUUGAUAAUGGAAAAAAAGCAAAAGAAAAGCUAAAAUCAAAUUUGAUUAGAAAAAAAUCCUAGUAAAAAGAAUCCUAAAUGUUUUUCAUAAAAAAACACACACACACACAAUUUAGUAGUAUUAACAAACAAAAGCAAAAUGUAGCAUAUGUAGAGUACUAAAACCCUCACUAUUUCCCUUAAUACGCACCCCCACACACUUAUUAUUCCACCAACUAUAAACGCGUUUGAGGGAAAAAUAGAUAAAACAAAACACAUACAUACACACUCACACACAUGAAGAUUAUUAUAUAUCUAACUAAAGUCACAUAGAGAGAGAGAGAGAGAUAUUUCUUUGAAACUUCAGCCAAAUGUAUUUAACAUUUAAUUAUAAAUUUUAUGAUUAUUAUUAUUAAAAUUAUGAUUACUGAACUACUUAAAUAUUACAAACAAACAAACAAAAACACAGUAAUAAACGAAUGAUUUAUAAUCAUAUAUAUAUGCUUAGACAUUACUAGUUUAGUAUUACUUUCGUAAGAGUUUCACUUUUUUAUUCAUUACCUUUAUGAUUAUAUUUUUAUCCCUGCUAAUUUGAUUUUUGAUUCCUGUUGAUGAUUUUCUUAUGCCAAAAAUUUCGCACAUUUUAUUUAUCUCAUUUAAUUUAAACGUGUUCGACAUUGUUUUUAUUUAUUUCGCAAGAAGAAAAACGUUACUUAUCUCAUAUAUGUUUUUUUUUUUUUGAAAAAUCAUCGUUUUUUUAUUUUUUUUGUUCAUUCUCAUGUUAAAAUUCAUAUUUAAUCAUUUAAAACAAUUAAGGAAAAUGUAAUUAAACCAUUAAUAUCCUUGGUAAAAUAAAUACAGAAUAUUUUAUUAAAUAAUUACACAUAUAAAUAGU